AUGGUCACUCUGGGAUUCGUCGAAAGUAUGGCAAUUCUACAUCAAGCCAACGAUUGCGCGAUAUUCACUUGGGUUGCAGCCACACCUCAUACACUCCCGUAUCCUGUAACUGAUACGUACCUUUGGUUAUCUUCACAAUGCAGGCAUCAAGCAGUGACUACUCUUUUGACGCAUUCAACGCCCUAUCACAUUAUUCUUCCCGUCCGAAACGUAGAAGCUACCCGACAAUUAUAUGAUAAUUUGCAUCAUGAUCAUAUACUGGAAAUUACAAACUUGGAUCUAGAGUCAUUUGAAUCAGUAAGACAAUUUGUCAAUUGGUUUACAGAAAAGAAUAUUGGCUUGGAUGUGUUGAUUUUAAAUGCAGGUGCAAUCUUCCCAACACGACAAAUAACAAACGACAACCUCGAACGUACCCUGCAAACCAACCAUCUGUCUCAUUUCCUGCUCGUCAACCUGUUAUUACCAGCCCUUCUUUAUCGUCAUUCUCAUCCACCAUCUCACUCUAGUGACCUUGACUCGCAUCCGAUAUCAAGAGUAAUCUUUGUCUCGUCAGAACUUCACUCUUCAAAAGGCGGCCAUGGCAAGGGAUCAUGUUUAAAUGAAGAGAAUCUGCAGGGCGAAAUUGAGUAUGACGGACUUGUUGCGUAUCGAAAUACAAAACUACUACAACUAUUAUGCGCAUAUCAACUAGACAAGAUAAUCAAUGGAGAAUGUAUUGACGAGCAAAACAUUGAUAACAAAACCAGCGAUAAUGACAAGCACGAUGAUGUUAACGAGAAUGAUGAUGAAGAUGUUAAUAACGACAAGAACGUCAACGCGGAUCAUCAACAAGAUCAAGCUCAACAGCCAAGCCUGCCCAGACGCUCAAAGAACAAAUUGUCCGUUAUCGCACUUAGACCGGGUUUUGUUCCGCGUACAGGACUGGCACGCAAUUUCAGUCUGGAAAAACGACUUGCGAUGAAAUACAUACUUCCUUAUAUGCCUUUUGCAAGGACGGUAGAACAGGGUGGGAAUGUGCUCGUUUACGCGGCUACUUCAUCAGAUCUCGAGAAUUUCAGUGGCAUAUAUAUUAAUCACAAUUGUAGCAUUGCUCCAUCAAGUGACGAGAGCUAUGUUAUCGAGAAGCAAAGGUUCUGGUGGAAUGUCAGCUGUCAGUUGACCGGAUUGUCGGAGAGUAGAGUUUCUCUGGAGUGA